CGAGAGUUAACCCGAUCAGGGAGAAGAGGCGAUGAAGCAUUCCCGCCCUUUCCUCUUAGUCAGUACUACGGGCCCGCCCAACAGCUCUUUUCACGAGCUCGAGCUCUUCCCCUUCAUCCUCCCCCCCUUUUCUGUUCUCUCGGGAACGCAGGAACAUUCUGUUUGGGAACCAUCAUGGCGGCGGUAGCUGGUUCUCCCUCAACCGGUCUCCCUUCCUUGACGACGGCCACUGCGAGCCCUGGCCCGCCUGGCUACCGGCCCUUCGAGCCCGAGGCGGUGGGACUCAGCCCAGGCUGGAGACUCACCAGUUACGGGGAGCUGCGGGGCUGAGGCUGCAAAGUCCCCCAGGAGACGCUGCUCAGGCUCCUGGAGGGACUCGGCGGUGCCCGGCCUGGAUUGGCCGGGGCGGGAGAGGCGAUAGUUGCUGGAAGUCCCGCUCCCAAUCUCGGCAUUGGAAUGGACUCCUGUGUGAUCCCAUUGAGACAUGGGGGUCUUUCCCUUGUACAGACGACAGACUUCUUUUAUCCACUAGUAGAGGACCCCUAUAUGAUGGGCCGCAUUGCCUGUGCCAACGUGCUGAGUGACCUCUACGCUAUGGGUAUUACAGAGUGUGACAACAUGCUUAUGUUGCUGAGUGUGAGCCAAAAAAUGACUGAGGAGGAGCAGGAGAAAAUCAUGCCACUGAUAAUCAAGGGCUUUCGGGAUGCAGCAGAAGAUGGUGGCACCUCAGUGACUGGUGGGCAGACUGUCCUGAAUCCUUGGAUCAUUGUUGGAGGGGUUGCAACAGUUGUAUGUCAGCCAAAUGAAUUCAUCAUGCCAGACAGUGCUGUUCCAGGAGAUGUCCUCGUGCUGACCAAACCACUGGGGACUCAAGUGGCUGUGAAUGCUCAUCAGUGGCUAGAUAAUCCAGAGCGGUGGAAUAAGAUUAAGCUGGUGGUCUCCAGAGAAGAUGUUGAACUGGCGUAUCAGGAAGCCAUGUUUAGUAUGGCAAUGUUAAACCGGACAGCUGCCAGUUUGAUGCACACUUUCAAUGCUCAUGCUGCUACAGACAUCACAGGUUUUGGCAUUCUGGGCCAUGCACAGAAUUUGGCCAAACAGCAGCGUAGUGAGGUGUCAUUCGUCAUCCACAAUCUGCCUAUAAUUGCCAAGAUGGCUGCUAUUAGCAAAGCAUGUGGCAACCGGUCAAGGCUUCUGCAAGGGACAUCCCCAGAAACAUCAGGGGGGCUACUGAUCUGUUUACCCCGAGAGCAGGCUGCUCGCUUCUGUGCUGAAAUCAAGUCUCCCAAAUAUGGAGAAGGACACCAAGCCUGGAUCAUUGGCAUUGUGGAAAAGGGCAACCAGACCGCUCGCAUCAUUGACAAACCUCGUAUUAUUGAAGUGACACCCCGUGGGGCCAGUGCUUCUCCUCAGGAUAACAAUUCCAGUGCCAGUCCUGAAGCUGCAUCAUGAGGUGGCAAAAUAGUUCUCUUCUAUCCACUGUAGACUCUGCCAUUGAAAAGGGCAGCACCUGAGCCUGUGGAUCAGUGUGCAGGUGCCUUCUAAAGCAAAAUGAUCCCCAGAAUAUUAUCUCCUUAUUGGUUGAUGGCCGAUUCCUUCCUGCCAUCUGAUGUGAUUAGUUGUGAAGCCUUUUCCUGCAAGCAUAUUGCUGGCACUCUUGAUCUGGAGAAGAUGGUAACUUGAAUUAUUUAUUGGAAUAGUUCUGCCUGUUCUUGAGCUCUCCCAGCUUUUGGUCAGACUGAGCAGCUGGUCCAAAAGGGGGGUGAGUAACUUAAAGCCAUUUGGUUGGGCCAGAGGUCUCUCCUCUCUUUAUGAAGCACCUCCCUUGAAACCCAGCUAUGGGCUUGGAGGAGCAGAAGAAACCUGGAGGAGCAGCACCAAGCGCAGCUUCAUGGAUUGUUCCUUGGGUUGUAAAUUAUUGGUGAUUGAGUUAAUAAAAAGUUGAUUUCUACAGUG